GAGUUGCCAAUGAGGAGGGAGAGAAUCAGAAACCAGCACCAGUAGCAGCAGGACGACGUAAAAGAGCACAGAAGAGCUGGGCGUGAGGACCAGGAAGUGGUGGCUGAGGUUGUAAACAGACACAUGGAGGGCUUUUUAAAGGGGCUGGCCUCAUCAGAAAUGGGGACCAACAACAGAAGGUGCUGCUGAUCCACUCAGCCCCUGUCCCCAGGCUAUGCAACAAGGAAUGGAUAAUAACUCACAGAAGAAGGGGCAUCUGCAACCAAAGCUGCUAGAACCAGGAAUGAGAGGAAACACUCUGCAGAACUCUAGUUUUCAUCCAUCCCACAAGCUGGUCUCUCAAGGGCAAGUUCCAGAAGAAUGUGGCAGUGCCCAGCCCCUGAGCAGCCUUGGGAAGACCUGCUCUCCAGUAGCGUAUGAAGAAAGCAAAAACCAGAAGAAAGCCAAGCUUGCCAGUGGGAGCCACCCUAGUCCAAACUUUGCCCCUCCCUUCUCAUCGAUGCUGGAACUACAGGAGAUGUCUUACGGGCACGCCUUUCAACGUUUGGAUCUCCACAGCCAGUGUUCCUUAAACAUGCCCCAGUUCAGAAGGAUUUCCGAUAAUCCCAAUGCUGCUCACCCAGUGCCCUAUGUGCCUGUGUGUGCCACAGUCAGACCUGGAGGGGAUUUUCUGGAAUCCUCAUCACUGAGCCAUCAAUUGGUGGGAUGCUGCCAUCAAAAUAGCCCCAAAUGCACAGCUCUCGGUGACAGUGGCCGCAUCACGGUUCUCUAUGUUGAGCUGAUCAGAGAACUGGAGCGGCAGAUGGCAGAGCUGCGGAGAACACUAGCCUCUCGGGAAGAGGCUGCUACAAAGCAGGAGAAGAGGAUCCAGGAGCUGGAGCUGGAGAACCGGGAGCUGAAAGACCUGCUCCAGAACCUGGAGGAACAGAAUGACUUCUUAUCCAUCCGGAAUGGAGCAGGAGGAACAGUGCCAGCCAGGAUGUUGCUGGGAACCAGACAUAAUUCCUUUGAUGUGAAUGAAAGCAAUAUUCAGUUCCUCAAAGACUUGGUGGGAAUGUUGGAGAAUCUUGCAACGACACAGAUCAGUGGUUUCUGCUCACCGUCUUCUCCAGAAGAUCAGAGGCAAACCCCUGUCACAAUCCCAAGUAUCUCCCCAGGUUGGAGGACUCAAAACACAGUGCCAGGCAGCUUAUCACCCUGGACAAAUGCUGAAGAGAGGCCAGGAAGCCCCAUUUUGCUCAAUGAUGCUACUUACUUGUGGGACAACAAUGUGAAAGAGACACUAUCUGAUGGGACACCAGUAUGGGCAUCGCCAGUGGAGGAGAAUGGGAGGGUCAAACUGGAAUUGGUCCCCAAUUCCCAAGUCUACAUCACUCACCACCAGCUAGAGGAUCUUUCUCAGGUUUCCACGGACAAACCUGAGCUGAUGACCAGGCGCUUGUUGGAUUACUUCUUCUCUCGUGAGACUCUUGCCCGGUCUUCAGCCACUGGGCAGCGCAUUGCUCACAACAACUUGACCAUGGAGAAGCCCAUCCCUUUGCCAGUUGCUGUGGUAAAUGCUAUCAAAGAAUAUGUCACCAAAACAUGUGGCAGAGGCUGCAACUUCAAUGCAGUGAUCAACAGCAAAUGUGGGACUUCCCGAAGGGCAGUUAAGAAAAUGAUAGUCAAAAUGGACUGAAUGGACCUACAAUCAAGACAUGUCCAGAGCCCCUAAAAGGUUGGCAGAGGGGUCUGCUUCUCACUGUUCUUUUUCCCUUUGCAGGGAGGAGAGUGCCUCAUGAGGGCAGUCAUUUGGGUUCUAUCUUGUGUAGUCAUAUUGCAGAUGGAGGACAGUUGAUGAAAAGGGACCAGGUUGCUACAAGCUGUGGGUGGUGUGGCUGGCAAAUGUGGAACAUAUCCAUGUGCAAAUGCCCUUUACUGAAUCAGAUCACUGGUCUAUUUCCCCCAGUACUGACUACUAGCAACAGGUCUCCCAAGCCUCAUGAAGAUAUUGGCAGGCCAAGGUGGUUUUUAGGACUGCCGAACUCCUUUUAAAUUGGAGGUGCUGGGUAGUGCACUUAGGAUCCUCUGUGCACAUGGCAUGAACUCUUUCUUACCCCUGAGCUACAGGCCCUCUCAGAGGUUGACAUACCUGUAUUGAAAUCGCAGCAAACAGGAACAUCCCAAUACUCUGUAUGGUAUGAGACCAUGUACAUAUGGCCAUUCUGGAUUAAGUACAUUUCCCUGUGUUAGUUUUUGAAAUGUGAAUCUAAAUGUCACUCUCUCAGAUGAGCAACUGAACAAGCCCAAUGCAGUUUGCUCUGCCAACUGGUCUCUCAGGCCUCAUUCUUUUCCUGUCACCCGGCAUCCUCAAAUCUGAUGAUUCAGUGUCUUCUGCAUGCAGUGUUCAUGCCCUGCUGUGUUCAGUUCCCUUAAGCCCCAAAUGACAUCAACACACCCCCAACUAUUCUUUUUACUUAACAAUUCACACUAAUUCUACUGCAAGUUGCCUGGUUCUCCUAUAGCUAGGACCAAAAAGCUUAUGGCAGAAUUUCUCCCAGCUGUGUAACUUUACUCAUGGUCAGUGCCUCUUGAUCACCAUUACUUAACUGAGAUAGAAAACUAAGGCAGAUACCUAUUGAAAAUGCCCUCGUGUGGAGAUCUGGGCUCCUACUGGCUCCACAGCCAUCAAUAGUGCCACUUCCUGGAGCAAGAAUAUCAAAGUGUUAACUUCUAAUAAAUGCCAUAUUUCUUGUAAAUAAGACAAAUCUCACAAACUGGAGUGUAACAACAUGGGUUUAUUCAUCCUGACUCUCCCUCCCUCCCCCCCACCUCGCACCCUUUUUCUAAGAUGGUGGAAUAGAUAAGACCUUGAGGACUAUUUGGUGCAAAAGGGCACUGUGUGGCUGCUGGAUUGCAUUAGAUAUAUUUAGAACCCUGAACCCACACAGAGAACUUCCUGUCAGACCACUUAGGUGUGCAAUGCAUAUGGCUCAAUCCAGUGGCAAGUUCUCCUAUGAACACCCCACUGAAACGCCAUGCGCUUGUGCUGCUCCCAUUCAUUUCAGCGAGGCUUAUGAAAGAGAACCUCCUGCUGCUCUGUGCCCCAAAGGCAAUGCUUCCAAACGAGUCUCCUGGGAAUAUAAACGAAGCUUAGCUAGAGGGCAGUCAAAUGUAUAUUUAAUGUAUUAUGGUUUACAUGCAGAGACAACAUAAAAUGGCCUGCCCAUGAAAACUUACCUCUGCCAGUGCUGCCACAUGUAACACCUGCCAACAGUCGCUUCAGCAGGGCAGGGUACACCAGCAUGGCAUGUUCCUGUGUAAUGCGUAGGGCAACCUCUGGGCAUUUUGACAGUGAAAGGUAUAUGGACCUCUUGCACCCUAUUUGUAUGCCUUUGUGGAUGUUAAUGCCAUACAGAAAGUGGGAGAGAAAUACAUUUUAAAAAUAAAGUGUACAUGCGGGCCAA